AUGGGAUUCUUUACAAGUUCAGGCGAAGAAGUAACAUUUGCACCAAACAAAGGUCAGCGUGUUGUGUGUUGGGAAAAGCGUGAUGGAUUUUUUGAAUGUCUCAGUAAAAAUUAUAUUGAUAAUUCAUUGGAUUCAAAAGAAUUAGAUAAAGUCAAUAAACAAUGUGGAACUGAAAAGAAAGAGUUUGAGCAAAAUUGUGCUACAAGUUGGGUGAAGUAUUUCCAAGAAAAGAGAUACAAUGAUUUGGUCAGACAAAGAUAUAUCGAUAAAUUGGAAUCCGAAGGUGCCCAACCAUUGCCAUUCAAGAUUGAAGGGGUUAAGAAAUAG